AUGUCAAUUGAGGAAGCCUCGAGCCGCAAUGCUCUUUUUUCGGACGUGGCAGCACACGCUGAAUUUCAGUCAUUCUUACAGAAGGUAUGGGACGUCACGAAGUCAAUGUACGGCAAAAACCCUGACAGGCGCAUGUUAGCAAAUCUAUCUCAGGACUCAAUAGAUGCCGACCUUAAAACGAGAUUGGCAAUUCUGCAGAUGUACGAUGAACGAUCUCAAAAGAUCCAGGAAGGACUUUGGGCUAGUGUUCAAGCACUUGACCGCAGUGAAUACGAGGAAGUAUCCUCUCUUUUCAAGCACAUGGCCAAACAUUCCGGAGUGGAUGAGAAGAAUAACAACAUCGAGGAAAAGGCAAAGACCUUCACAGGCUAUUUUUGCCCAAUACGACAGGAGGUUCCGGUCGGCAGCACUUCUUUCUUGGGCAAAUUCACAACGACGAUGAAAACGUUGAUUACAGAUUAUGCAAUUUGUCAAAAUACAGGUUUCAGACCCACAGACGAUAACCUUCAAUUUGCGCAAUCUUUCGCAGAACAUGUCCGACUUAGAUUCCCUCUUGGACUGUCUUCACCUUCAGUUGCUCAACUAAGAGAUUUGGCCGAUCGAAUGGGGCUUCGAGAACAUGUUGGGAUACAUCCUUUCUCCAAAUCAACAGCUGAGAAGUGCUGUUUUCUCUACAGGCCAAAAGAGGACACGCAAAGUCAAGAGACUUCUCUUUCUGAGGUAGAAACGGCUGUCACAGACAUGUCUCUGCUCGAUGUGGAUCACACAGACAUCGAUUUCCCUUCCCUUGCUCCCUCCAGGCAGGAAUUGCAGGGCAAUGCUGAUCACAGCUCAGUAUAA